GGAUAUAAAAGUUUAGGGCGCAUGGUGGCGGGGGUCUGCUUUCAGAGGAUUAGGGUUUUGGAAUCUGAAAGUUGGGGACCGUUCUCUUCGUCGCCAUGGCGGAACAGACAGAAAAGGCUUUUUUGAAGCAGCCAAAAGUGUUUUUGAGCUCCAAGAAAUCCGGGAAGGGAAAAAGGCCCGGCAAAGGUGGAAAUCGUUUCUGGAAAAAUAUUGGGUUGGGUUUCAAGACUCCUAGAGAAGCAAUUGAAGGGACUUUUAUUGAUAAGAAAUGUCCUUUCACUGGGAGCGUCUCCAUCAGGGGUCGUAUAUUGACCGGCACCUGCUACAGUGCAAAGAUGACAAGGACCAUCAUUGUUCGCAGAGACUAUCUUCACUUCGUUAAGAAAUAUCAAAGAUAUGAGAAGCGGCAUUCUAAUAUUCCGGCGCACAUAUCCCCUUGCUUUCGCGUGAAGGAGGGUGAUCAUGUUGUCAUUGGUCAAUGCAGGCCAUUGUCGAAGACUGUACGAUUCAAUGUUUUGAAAGUAAUACCAGCUGGUUCUGCUGGUGGUGGUGGGAAGAAGGCUUUUGCACCCAUCUAGUUGGAUUUUCUCUACAUAUAAGCUUUUACCAAUUUUGCUCUUUGAAUUCCUUUUUGAUCUAAUCAUGGUUAGGGUUGGGAAUUUCCCCUUACUCUUUUCCGUUUAAAAACUGAGAGAAAGUGAGGUCUGCCAGAUCGCUCUCCUUCUAUUGUGGCUCAGGUAUUUGUAUUUUUUCAUCUCUUUUGUAGUCAAGAUAAUUUGAAGUCUAUGAAAUUGCUCUUAUCCUUUACAUAUAUAAGAAUCUGCGCCUUAGGGGUUUUAGACUGCA